CAUCUUGGACAGCUUUUUAUUAAGUGCAUAUUAACCAUGAUAUAUCACUAAUAUGCUUUUAAAAUUAAUAUAUUUAAAGCAAAAUUAGCAGGGAUUAAAUUUUAAAGUAAGCAAACUGUGUGACGCUUUCUCACAGAAAUAGUCACUCCCCCCUGCUCUAGCCAAAAAGUGGUGGAGUCCAGAGGGCGCGAGGCUCCAAACUGUUUUGGUCGUCCGAAAGAAGAGUGAGGAUAAGAGGGUGAAAUACACUUACAUUCAACUUUUAUUUAAUUAUUUUUACAUUAUAACAAAAACCACCGUAUGUCUGUCUUUGUCCCUCAGGAUGAUGGAGAAGAUGAGCGAGGAGAACAUUGAGGAGGUGCGAGUGCUGGAGGCCCAGAUCGAGCAGCUUCAGGCUGAAGUUGAAGACUUGCAACAGCAGGACAACCACAACGACAUAUCGUUCAACUUCAGAGGACAUAUGCAGGAUGCAAUGUUGUAUAUCUUCGGACAGAAACCGGGAGCAGAGAAAGAAAAUGUGCUGUCCGGGCUGAAGGAGGAGGUGGAGGAGCUGGAGGAGGAUCUGAAGCUGCAGACGCAUAUGAAUGGCAUCAUUCUGAACAGCUGCACCAGAAAGACUCUGCAAAGGAACAAGAUGAAGCUGGUCCAGCAGCUCUGUGUAUCGGGUGUCUGCUCUGAUCUAGUCUUCGAGGUGGAGUUCCAGCACUCUGAGGUCAAGAGGGGUGAGCAACUGAAGAGGACCGUCAGUGAUCUGAACGUGGUGAUGGACAGCAGUGAUCUGCAGACAUUCAGCAGUUUCCUCUCUGGAGUGGAGGAGAACAGGGACCUUGUGCUGUUGUUCAGGACUCUCAGGACCUUCUCAGACAGAUGUGAGGAACGACGCAGAACCUUCCAACACUUCCAGGAGAAGUUUCCGUCUGUCGUCUCUCUUCCUGCUGGCAGCGGCUCAGAAGUCAUGACCCUGAAUCAUCCCAAGCUUCCUGGCUGUGUCUUGAUCCUGCAUUGGUCAGUGGAGGUCUGCAGAGAGGGCAGAGUCACUCCAAAGAUGGAGCUGCUGACAAAGAUCCCUGAGAGAGCCCUCAAGCUGUUUCCCUCUCAGGCUGUAGGCGGCUCUGCGGAGGCCUUCCAGAGCCUGCUGAGGAUUCUGGGAUCUGAAGCUGCCAUAGAGGCAGUCAUCAUGGCGGUCAGCCUUUCAGCGGACAUAUAACUCACACCUUUACCGCCCCUCAAAAUGACGUCUUAUACCUACAGUCACCUUCUAUAUGUAAAUACAAAUAAUGACAGCGCACACUCAGUACUGUUUUAGUCCCUUAGAAAUCUUUAUUCAAUAGAAAGAGCUCGACUGACGGUUGUAACAGCCAAGCUCAUUGGUCAAAAUCUACAAAAAUAAAUAAUUUAAAU